UCGAAGAGCGAAAGUAGUCGCCCGGGCGCCGGCCGCGGCAGUUUCGUUCUAACGUUGUCCGCGCGGGGCUGUGUUUGAGUCGCUCUCAGUUUUGCUGACUCAGUGUUGCGCCACAUCUCGUGAGGUCGCGAACGUUCCGGACUGGUGGUGACCUUGACCUGGGUCUGAGAUUUGCCCCGGGGCGGUGAAGUGACCCGGAGUGGGUGCCAGGAGUGCCGUGAAGCAGACUGGACCAGGACGGGGCAGUGGAUCGGCGUCCAGUGGACCGCGUGGGUCGUAAAGCUCGGCUUCCGUCUGGGGCGCUUCCUGUGUCCUCAAUCCGGCCCCGGUGAGAGGUGCUGCCGCUGCUCCGUGAACAGGCUGUGUCACUGACACUGACACAACCACCGGUGUCAUUGACACAGUUGGUGACAAUUAGCGAGUGUGAACGGCCGACAGUUUCCGGUGUGUGUCCGGACGCGUCGUGUGGACCAGUGAGUGGAACAAUGACAGAGGCGGACGUUCGGUGGAAAAGUGGACGAUCGGGUGAUUCGGUGACGACUGGGACAUCGAGUGGACGGUGUUCGGUGAAGAGGACGAUGUCGGUGGACGGUUUGUGUGGUGUGGGACUUAGAAAGCCGCUGGUUGCGUCGUUCGUGGUGCUACAGCUGAUGCUGACGAUAGUGUUGAACGUGCCGGCGGCGUCCGCUUCCUCCGACGCUGCUCUUCUCUCUGCGCGUAUCACUGCUGACCUAGCAGAGCGCAACAUCACCCAGAGGUGUGAGGCUGAACAUCUCUGCCUGCUCGACCAGAAACGACCGCGUAUUGAGCAAUCAUGGGAAGAGCGAGGCUGUCUCUGUGACCUGGAGUGCGGCACUUACGGAGACUGCUGUCGUGAUGCUCCUGCUGCCGGCAACCAGUCCCGUGACGACAUCACCUGCCACGUCUUGAGACACUACGACGGGAUAUACAUGGUGUCCUCGUGUCCUUCAGACUGGUCGGAUGCCGGAGUGGCGCGCCGCUGCGCCGAACCUCCUUCGCUUUCUGAGGACCCGUUCGGUGCACUGCCCGUGACCAGCGCGAACUCGAGAAUGACCUACCGCAACUACUACUGCGCCAUGUGUCACGGCGACGUUCAAGGCGCGGAGUUUUGGCGCACGCGCGUCGAGUGCCCCACGCUGACGUCUCAGAUACGGGAUGACCUGAACGUGACGGACGCGUUCACCAUGGAGAAUCUCCAGCAGAACUCCCUGGGACAGUGGGGCAUCACCAUCGGCGAAGGAGAUCGCGAGACGUUCCACGAGUGUGAACUCGAUCCGUUCUUCACGGAGACGAUCGAGUUCCUCUUGCGUCGAUGCCGCGUCAGCAUUUCGUCCUGCGCGUCCAACUGGACUGAUCCUGGCAUUGCUGAUCUCUGUGGCGCCUACACCGCCUACGUCUACGACUACGACAACGAGGUGUACCGCAACCCGCACUGCGCCCUCUGCAACCACCUUCCUCCGAGAGACAUCGACUGCAUGCGUCGACCUAUGCUGCGUUCGAGGAACUUCGGCAACCGCUUCAACACACGGUCCUUCGCCAUCCUGAUGGAUGUUGGCGACCGCUCUGGAAGUGAGGAAGUGGGAGCGGUGACCGUCUGUGCUGAUACGCAGCUCUGGGACCCGUUCUUCAAGAUGUGCCGCGAUGUUGUCUGCGACGCUGCAGGCUUCGUUCUUCGCGAUGGAGUGUGUGUCCAAGUGGAGGUCUUCAACGUCACCGAUACUGACGAGGACAGCACCAAUACCACUGACCUGGAGCGACCCAUUUCGAACGCGACACAGGCCACAGAGUUCCUGCUGUGUCCAAAGUACUUCCUGAACGGUUCCGACUUCGAGGUGCGGGACAACUCGACCGUGUACGUCCCGCUAUACGACCGCACCUACUCUGCCGGUCAGUUCGAACUCCGUGACGGCGAACUGGUCAUCUGUGCCGUGUCAGCCGACCUCAGCAAGUUCGACCAGGCUCUCUCCUACAUCUCUCUUCUCUGCCUGGCCGCUUCAGUCAUCUGCCUCACCCUUCACCUCCUGGCCUUCUGUCUGGUGUCAGAGAUCCGGAACUUGUCGGGGAAGAACCUGGCGGCCCUCAGCGUCUGCCUCUUGGUGGGCUACAUCUGCUUCUUGGUGAUGCCGAGCCAGGAUCCCGGAGAGCCCGGCUGUGCCGCCCUCGCCGUCAUCAUGUACGCAGCCUUCAUCGCCUCCUUCUUCUGGAUGAACAUCAUGGCCUUCGACGUGUUCACUACGCUCAGGAAAGCCACGAAGGAGCUGCGAGUCGCCAGCGGCCGACACCUUGGCCGUUUCCUGCUGUACACAAUCUACGUCACGCUGAUGACGUCAGCUGUGCUCGCAGCCGCCAUGAUCGCUGAACACGGUGGCUCCACGCCCGCCGCCUAUCGGCCCGGAUUCGGAGACAGAGUGUGCUGGUUCAGCCGUCGGAGGGCGCUGAUGGCGUUCUUUGCGGUACCCCUGGCGGCUGUGAUGGGCAUCAACGUGGUGCUGUUCGUCUCCAGCGCUCUAAUGAUCAGGGAGACGACUCGCUCGACGCAGAGCAUGACCUGCGGACCGUCUAAGGUGAACCUGCGUCUCUACUCCCGCCUCGCCGUCAUCAUGGGCUUGUCCUGGGUGGUCGGCCUGGUGGCCGGCUGGCUUGACUUCCCGCCUCUCUGGUACGCCUUCGUGGUGCUCAACACUCUUCAGGGAGUCUUCAUCUUCGUGUCGUUCACUCUGGCGGAAAAGGUGCGUCACAAGGUGUCUCGAGCGGCGGCCAGCUGGACGUCCGGUGGAGGGGAGAGGAGUCUCACCGAGUCUAACGUCAACACGGACAGCAGCGGGCUCACCGUCACCAAGACCAGGAUGUAGGACUGGCGCCAAGAGCAGCAGGGCCGCCAUCCAGGAGGAUCGUCGCGAAGGGCAGCGUGACGUUCAACAAGUUUGGGAUGAUCUUCACCAAGAGCGCAAGAGGAGAGGAUCGUCACCAAGGGGAGAAAAUAUGAUUGUCAUCAAGAGCAGGGUGUCUUGGAUUGCCACUCUCGUUUUAGGAUUGUUUGACAGACUGUCACCAGCCAAGUGGGUAGUCACUAAGCCUGAAAUGUUCGACCGAGCUCGUCUUUGGCGGAACUUUGAUGUAGAGGUGAACUUGGAAUCAGCAAGAGCAGGACUUAGGGUCGGAUACGCUGUCAGGUAAACCAGAGUGUAGAGGUGGGCGGACUCUUAGAAGACACUAAGGUCCUAUUGGCUAGUUGCCUGCAAGGUUGAAAGCUCUUCGUUGUAGCUGUGACCGCCACUUCGUACAAGCCCGUUUUCUGAAGGUUGGCCAAAGUCGACAUGACCCAAGCUGCUGAGAACUGCCUGGCUACUGAUUGCGGAUCUUGUCAGGCACGAGACUAUCGCCUGUGUUGAACAAAACGCUCAGCGAGAAAGGGUGUUGUAAAUACUCUGUGUUUGCUAUGCGAACUUUUACUCGAACCCGUGUUGUAUUAGUUGAUUGGUAGGCUAGGCUCCCUUGAUGAGGUGUAUAGGUAGGUAGUCUGUGCUCUGUAACACGCAUAAAGCGGAUUCGUGUUGUGCAAAAUCACGCGACUCAUGUCGUGGAGUUGUGAGCGUUUAGCAGAAAACGGACCCUUUGUGUAAGCUGCUUUUUUAGGGAUGUAUUGUUUUAUGGUUGUGUAUCGUUUGUUUUGUGUACUGUUUGUUUUGUGUACUGAGUUUCACAUGAGAAAGGCUGUGCGUAGUUGUGUACACAGCUUAUCUCAGGACAGAUGUGACAUCACAAGGUGUAACAGAACAAUCGGAAACGGAGAUUAUGUUGAAACGCCUCACAUGUCUCGUAAUGCCUACCUCGCGAUUUGUAACUGCUAACGUCCUUUUGCUCUAUGUACUUCUUGUAAUCAAUUGCCACUUAUUGCUCAUUUGUCAUUCACUGAUUUCAAGCGUCUGCCAAAAACGAUGUCGCUGUGACGGGUCUUACGACUUUCAUUUCUUAUUUUCGACGGGGCGACGUUUUAUGGGAGGACAUGCUGAUUGCUAACUCAUCUGUAUAGACCAUGACACGUCGUCAAUUGGUGUGGCCGCAGCACAAGAGUGUCCAUAUUGUCUGUAUACCGUACCGUUGUUUGGCACUAUUGUGACGCAUUGCGUGCGUGACGUGUCGCAUACGACAUCCCCAAUGGCGAUUUGUAAUAUGUUGUGUUAAACCCCAUCUUUGUCGCAUGAACUACUCGUGUUUCUUGGCCUGUUGUUGAUAGUGGGCACUGUAACAGCCCUAGUUGAGUGCCUAGUUGAGUGUGUAUUGGUGGCAUUUUAGGAAUGUCUGUCGCAAGCCGCGAUAUGAUUGGAAAUAAAUGUACAGCUGAGGACAGAGGA